AUGAAAUCCACUAAUACUUAUUAAUACAUUACUAAUAAUUCACAUUAAGAACUUAUUGAUUAUUUGAAAUAAGAAAACAAACAGUUGACUGACCAACUCAAGGAGCUCAACAAUCUCCUUCAACUCAACAAAAAGGCCUUAAAAAUAAUGACUCCUUAAAAUAACGAAGAGUAAAAUAAGGCCUUACUUAUGGUCCUCAAGAAUCUUUAAGAAGAAAAUGCCAAAUUAAACUCUUAAAUAGAGAAACUUAUAAAUGAAAGAAAUCAAGCUUAAAACUAAGUAUUAAUCAAUUAAUAAAUCACUGAAGAAGCAUAAAGACAUGAAAAAGAAUUAAUUGUAUCACUACAAAACAAAAUUACUACAUUAUAAAAUAAUUUAAGCAAGGCCGAAUCUUAAUUAUGCAAAUUAGAAUUUUUAAAGCCAGAAUUUGAUGAAUAGUCUGGCAUCCUGAUUAAAUAUAAAUAGAUUACUGAUACUAACAAAAUCAAUAAAGAAUUUCAUGAUUAAAUUGAAACACUUAAUGAUCUGUUGAUUUUAUAAAUUAAAAAGAAUAAAAAAAUUGAGGCCUAAAAAAGGCAAUUACAAGGCUUAAAUCUAAAAUUGAUUACAAAUCUUAUCUCAAUAAAAAAUGCUGCCUUGAUAUCAAAUGGCAACAAAGUUAUUUUAUAACAACAACAGUAGAUGGAUCCAUAGCCUAAUCAAUUAAUUAAAUUCUAAUAAAAUAUCCUUUAUGCAAUGAAAAAGGAUGAAAAUAUAUAUUCAUCAGAAUCAGAAGGUCUGUCUUCAGUUGAUAAUUCUCCUUUGGCAUCACCCUUGCCAGUUAAACUAGAAAACUGCAAACCUUAAUAAGAGAGUUAAAAGAUUAAAAAUGCAUAGGAUAUUCCUAAACUUAAUCUCAGCUAAGCAAUAAUAAUAUAGGAAUUGAAUGCCAAAAGAUAAACUUAAUAAGCAUAAGAUAUGAGAAAGGCGACUGAUGCAAACCUAUUGGAUAAAUUGAAAUAGUAUGAUUAAGCGUUAGAAGGACUCAAAAAGAACUACCAAAGAGAAAUGACUUUGAAUAAAACACUUGAAACUACCAAUAAUGAACUAGAAAGACAUUGUGAAAAUUUGGAAAGUUAGAUUUAAAUCCUUAUUAAUUCUAAUUUAAGAUAUUAAGAGAAAUAGUAGAAAAUAAAUAAACAAUACCAUUUUCUGCAACAAUUUUACUUAAAUAAGAAAGAUCAAGUCACAACUACUCAAAGUCAUAACCAUAGAUUCUCAUAAAGUCCUACUGAAUUAUCCUAAGAAAUAGUAUUAGAUACUUCAUUUAUAGAUGCGAAUGAAGCAAUUCUAUCAAAUGAAUAGGAAUUCAAAAACAUUUAAUAUUAAAUGAUGCAACAAUAAUAGAUUCAGUAAUAGUUGUUAUAGCAAUAAAAUUUUUGUUAAUUUUAUUUUGCAAAUAAUGUGGAGGAUGCAUAAAGAUUCCUUUUAGGAUUGGCUGAAUAGAUGUAUAGUGGAUUGUCAGAGAAAAUUGAAUUAAUCAUAUAGGGUUAGAGUAAAGGGAGAAGAGAAAAUGAUAAUAGAAUAAGAUCACUAAGUGAUAUAGUUGAAUAAUAAAAUAGAGUAUAGUAUAUACAAUAGUAAUGA